AUGGAAGAUUUCUUCAGUAAUAGCAGCCCACGGGACAAAAGCAAUGAUUACAGUAACAUCACCUCCAACUACCAGAAUUACAGCAAAACCACCUCGGACAACAACAAUUACAGCAACACCACCUCUGACAACAAGAAUAGCAGCAACAGCACCUCUGACUACUAUCGCAACAUCAUCUUUGAAACGUAUGAAUUUAAUGGAGGAGUUGCAUCCAUCAUGAAUGUGGGGACAUACAUAAUCAUUUGUAUCGGCCUUCCUUUGACCCUCUUGGCCAUAUAUGGUCAUUAUUCUCUGGUGAGAAGUGAUCAUGUUGCUCCGAUCUACGUCAUCAACCUUCUCAUUACCGACCUCAUCCAGCUCUGCUGCAUGAUCGUUCAGGUGGUACCACUUAAAGAUCUGAAGAUAGCUGACAUCUUCAUUGAUAUUUAUCUUUCUGCUCUGAUGGCCAGUGUUGGCUUCAUGGUCUGCAUCGCCCUGGAAAGGUAUUUGGUCAUCGCCUGCCCAAUGUGGUACCGCUUCAAACGAACCAUCAAGUUCUCUGUGGUGGUGUGUAUUGUGGUCUGGACCCUUCCUCUUUUCUUUUUCUUCAUUUUCUUAUUCGAGGUUAAUCCUAAGGUCCCACAAACUGUCUCUGGCAUUUUCCUCCUCCUUCCCUUCCCACUGCUAAUAUUCUUCCUGGUUGGGACCCUCAAAACACUGUCUGCUUCCAUCUCGGUACCCUGUGAUGAAAAACGACGAAUUGUGGGAAUUUUGGUCCUGGUGCUGCUUAAUUACACAUUGCUUUUCAUGCCCAGCAUCAUUGGGUACCUGUCAAACGAAGCAAGAAAUAACAUUACCUUCAGACAUCUGUAUGUCAUCUUUGUUAGGUUGAAUCCUCUUGCAGACUUAGUCCUGUAUGUCUUCAUGAGGAAAGGGGCCAUAGACAAGCUUUUGGCCUCUGUGUGUUGCUGCAGAAUGGACAGCAAUGAGAUCAGCAGUCCAUCAGUAUGA